AUGGACGAGCUUUGGAGCAGCGCGGCGCUGCUGAGGCGAGGGCGGGGAAGGCGCCGGCGCCAGCCGCAGGCCCUCGGCGGCUCGGUCUUGGCCCUGCCCUUGCGACCCCGGAAGAUCCGAAGGCACCGGAAAAGCGCGGCGUCCCGCGUGGCCGCGCCGAGGGCCCGCGCGCCGCCCAGCGAGGACCCGGACUCGAAGGUGGAGUCGGCCGCGGCCGAGCGGGAGGGGCCUGCCGAGCGGAGGGAGGCGGGGCCGAGGCCGGUGCCCGUGCCGGUGCCGGUGCCCAUGCCGGUGCCGGUGCCCCCGAGAGCGGCCUUGGCGUCCGUGCCGCGCGGGGUAGAGGGCCGGGCCUUUCGUCCCCGCGACCUGGGGACCUCCGCUUCGCCGCCGGGCCCGCACGUGGACGGCCCCGAGCGGCCCUGGGAUUCGCCGCUGCAGCAGGUGUUGGCGGAGCUGGACGGCAUCCCCAGCAGCCGGAGGCGCGCCGCCCGCCUCUUCGAGUGGCUCCUGGCGCCGCUGCCGCCGGACCACUUCUACCGGCGGCUGUGGGAGCGGGAGGCGGUGCUGGUGCGGCGGGAGGACCGCAGCUACUACAAAGGCCUGUUCUCUACCUCAGACCUGGACUCCAUGCUGCGCCAUGAGGACGUGCAGUUCGGGCAGCACCUGGAUGCCGCGCGCUACGUCGAUGGGCGGCGGGAGACCUUGAACCCACCGGGCCGUGCUCUUCCCGCUGCUGCCUGGUCUCUGUACCGGGCCGGCUGCUCUCUGCGCCUUCUCUGCCCGCAGGCUUUCUCGCCCACCGUGUGGCAGUUUUUGGCUGUGCUCCAGGAACAGUUUGGGAGCAUGGCAGGCUCCAACGUAUACCUCACGCCCCCCAACUCGCAGGGCUUUGCUCCCCACUACGACGACAUUGAGGCUUUCGUGUUGCAGCUGGAAGGUCGGAAACUCUGGCGGGUCUACCGACCUCGGGACCCAAGUGAGGAGCUGCCCUUGACAUCUAGCCCCAAUUUCAGCCAGGAGGACCUGGGUGAGCCCAUACUGCAGACGGUGCUAGAACCUGGAGACCUGCUCUAUUUUCCUCGAGGCUUCAUUCAUCAAGCUGAAUGUCAGGAUGGAGUCCACUCUCUGCACCUCACCUUGUCCACCUACCAGCGCAAUACGUGGGGUGACUUCCUGGAGGCUGUGCUGCCUCUGGCAGUGCAGGCAGCAGUAGAAGAAAAUGUGGAGUUCCGCAGGGGCCUGCCUCGAGACUUCAUGGAUUAUAUGGGGGCCCAGCAUUCAGAUUCGAAGGAUCCCAGGCGAAUGGCUUUCAUGGAGAAGGUUCGGGUCUUGGUUGCCCGCCUGGGACACUUUGCUCCUGUCGAUGCUGUGGCUGACCAGAGGGCCAAAGACUUCAUCCACGACUCCCUGCCCCCUGUGUUGACUGAGAGGGAAAGGGCGCUAAGUGUUCACGGGCUCCCGGUUCGCUGGGAGGCUGGACAACCUGUGAAUGUGGGAGCCGAGUUGACAACAGAAACAGAAGUCCAUAUGCUUCAGGAUGGCAUAGCUCGGCUGGUGGGCGAAGGAGGCCGUUUGUUUCUGUAUUACACAGUGGAAAACUCCCGGGUUUAUCACCUGGAAGAACCCAAGUGUUUGGAAAUCUACCCCCAGCAAGCUGAUGCCAUGGAACUCUUGCUUUGCUCCUACCCAGAGUUUGUGAGAGUUGGGGACCUGCCCUGUGACAGUGUGCAGGACCAGCUUUCCUUGGCAACCAUGUUGUUUGAUAAGGGCUUGCUGCUCACCAAGACUCCUCUAGUUCUGAAUUAGUUUCUUGAGGAUGGCUGGAAAGGAUGCAGUCAUGAUUCUCCACUGCCACUGCCGCUUUUUUUUUUUUUUUUUUUUUAAGACAGGGUAUCUCUGUGUAGCCCUGGCUGGCCAGGACACACUUUGUAGACCAGCCUGGCCUUGAACUCAAAAAAGAGAUCUGCUCAAGUGCUGGAGGCAUCUGCCACCGCACCUGGCUCGGCCUUUUGUUUUCUUUUUUCAAGAAGUCAUGCUUUAACCCUGCUUACGUGUCAGUGUGGUUGAGUUUACUUACCUUUAGUAUUGCUUCGGUGUCACAAACCUCAGACCUCUUUCUUCUAGGAUGAACCUCUUCAUCUAGGUACAAAAGUAAACACAAGCUGAAGCAGGGACUGGGGAGUUCUUGCAGAAGUAACCUCUAUCUCUAUCAUUUCAGAACACCAAGUUCAUUCCCUGCAGGCUCAGUGUAUUGUGGAGCAUUGGCUGUGUCAUUCUGCUUGAGACAUUGGGGAUUUUGAUACCAAAGUUGCCUCCCUGAGAGCUUUUUUUCAGUUGGUGGGGUGGGGUGGGGUGGUAUCCUGUGUGUUAAGUUUGUAUGAUCAUUAGAUUUAUUAAAAAGUGCCAAAGACCGUUCCUCUUUGCUAGAUUUUUGGAGAUUGAUUUGUAGAAGUGUGGGACGGCCGAGGUGAAGGGCAGUGGGUGGUGUGGGAUGUCAAAGAAGUGUAUUGUUCACUUUUUAAAGAAGAGAGCUGGGGUAGAGCAAGUGUAUGCCUGGUGUGUGCAGUGCCUUGGGUUCAUCCCCAGCAUCACACUAAGUUGGGGCCAAUUAUUAGCUUUCGAGGUAAUUUGCUCAUUGCAGUUAUGCUACUUGAACUCCACACAGAACAAUCCUAGCCGAAGAACCUUCACUCGCAGAGUGAGCUUUAAAGUAUAUAUCGUGUUUGCUUGGUGCUUGGUUUAGGUUGGUGACUGACUGGCACUGCUCCCAAAAGCAGCGUCAUGUCACCUGGUUGUGCUUCCAUAGGCCUUAAGUCACCCAGAUUUUCUCAAGCUGGCCAUAGGAAUGAUUGGUGUUCAAGUUGCUUUCUACUCUCGUUUUUUUCCCCUGGCAGUUGGACGAAACUUCCCCAAAUCUGGCAAGUGCAUAUUCUCAUGAUUGGUGGAAGAGAGCCUAAUGCACCAGAAAGAGCACUUGGAACCAGAAGACCUGGGUCUGGGGUGGUGGCUGGCAGGCAGCUGGCUGAAUGACUUGAGUCUGCUGCCUACAGAUGUUUUCUUUGAGGAGUUCCAGGUCGCUUUCUGAAGUGAGCGCAUCCCGAAUGUGGCUCCAGUCAUACUGCUGGCGCAGGAAGGCCUGCCACUUGUUGGGGGAUUGCCCGGGCCUCAGUGGACGUUUGUUCUGGAUCCACCGCGCCGUGCGCUUGUCCAGCUUCUCCAGCACGAUGGCCUCCCAGCCUCGAGCCUCUUUCUCACCAGGCGGAAGCCAGGUCUCCCUUUCUU